CGCUGGGCUGGGGGCUGCCAACACAGCCAGGGCGCGGCAGUGCCGGUCCCCUCGCAGGCCCUGCCCUCUUUACCUCGGGCGGGGAGAAAUGCCCCGCACCCACGGCAAACAGCAGGGAAACAACGUCGCUGGCAAGACCGAGGUUCCCAAACCGGGGGCAGGUUUCCCAAAGGACCCUCCAAAGUGGGGGACGGCUAUCCACAGAGGAAGCACCCUUCAGAUGGACGUGGCACAGCUAUGCUGUCCUGCUGUUUAAGGGGCUGGUCCUCACCCUGGGAAGCGUUUCUGGGCCGCAGCACUCGGCAGACGGGGGAGGGGUGCACCAAGCCCCCUUGGAAUGGCUGCGGCUUUUUGCCUAAGAAGGGGGGGAAUCCCCUCCACACCAUGUUUGCUUUCCAGCGUGAGUUUUGUGUUUCCUGCCACUCCUGUCCUGCUUGUGGAAGGGAGAAGCAAUGAUGUCACUUUUGCAGAGUCAUCCUGGAUUAACUGCAACUUCUCUUUGUUUGAUUCUGGUUUAGUAUUUAUAGUAUUCAGGGUCUGAGAAGCAGCAGGCUGUCCUUUUCCUGGCAUUAUUUUAGUGCUAGGAAGAAUCUAAAAGAAAAACUAGAAUAGUAAUAAAAAACCAUCUCUUUAUCUCUUAAACCAUUGUUCAACCAAGACAUUCAUCCAGUCAUAGUUUAUUUCUUACCCAGAGGGAAACUGAAGGAGAUGCAGUUGAGGUAUAACAGUAAAUGGAAAACCUUCAGCAGAUCCAGAAUCAACAACCUUCGGAGGAGGGUCUUGAGGGCACAACGUGCGCACUGCUCUUCUUCGCCUGAGCUGCAAAGUAGAACUUCCAGACAUGGGGCUUUGGAGACCUUGAAGAGGAAAGUCCCUGCCCUGAGGAACUUACCAGUCUAAAAUGUGUUGGCUUCACUGCCAGCAACUGUCACAGGCUGAAUUGCAACAGAUGCAAGAGUGAGAGUUGGAUUAGGGAGGGAUUGGAAGAAGCAAGCGAUGGCUCUGGGGAUGAGCUGCUCUGCCUGUUUACAGAGCGUCUGCAUCGGUUGUCUCUGAGCUUCUCCGUCCUUGAAGGCAACAUUCCGGUUCUUCCGACUCUCCCCUGCACUCGACAGCUUCGCGCGCCAAGGAGUGAACGAUGGGCAAAGCGGAAGACAGCGCCACCCUCGGGCCCAGCGAGCACCGGCCCCUGCUGGGCAAAGCAGACCUCAGCACCACUUACCUGAGCCAGGAGGAAGUGGCAGAGCAGGGCAGUGCCGCUCCCUGGCCGGGACUCCGCCAAGCCUUGAUCGGCCUGUGGGGAGGCCUUUUUGCCUGCAUGCUCGCCCUGGCGGUUGUCCUGCUCCUCACGCUGCCCUGGCCUCGCCCUCCCCUGGGCUGGUGGCAAAAGGCGACCUUCUAUCACCUGCCCCCCUCCUCGUUCCCAGACUCCAACGGUGAUGGGUGGGGAGACCUGGCAGGUGUGAGACAGGAGCUGGACCAGCUGGUGGCCCUAUCCAUCCAGGCCUUGGUGCUGGGCCCCAUCCUUGCAGGCAGAGGGGCCAACCUGAGCCAGAUUGUCCCUGCCCACGGAUCCCUGGCACAGCUGCAAGCUCUGGCAAUUGACGGGCACAAGAGAGGAAUCCGAAUCCUGCUGGAACUUCCAAUUUGGGAAGAAGAGAUGGGUGUAACAGCUGUGAGCAAUCAAACAGUCCAGCACCUCAAGGAAGCCCUACAGUUUUGGCAGUCAGAAGGCGUGCACGGAUUUUUGGUGGCCAAGGAUCCUGCCUGGCGCCUCGUCACAGUGCUGAAGGCCUGGAGCGCGCUGGGCGGCCAGAGGCGGCCCGAUCCGCGGGAGGAGCGGGCCCUGAUGGUCUGGGACCAGAGCGGGAGCUGCCGCGCUUCUCACGGGAUGCCCAGCAGGGUCCUCCUGACCUGCCACCUGCCGGGAGCGCAGACAAACCUCUCUGCCCGGGCUCUGCUGCGUUUGGUGCAGGGAUCCCAGCAGCUUUCUGGCGCGCCGUGGCCCAGCUGGGCAGUGCCCAGAGGGCUCUCACCCAUUGGCGGCUUGGGGGAAAUGCUUGGGGUGCUGCUCUUCACCCUUCCAGGAGCGCCACUGGUGCAAGGGGGAGCGAGAUCGCCACUUCCGCUGGAAUACGGGCUGAUGGAAGGAAAGCCCAGCAGAGCCCCACUGGCAGCCCUGUACCAGUCCCUCCUGGCACUGCGCGCAAAGUCCUUCUCCUUGCAUGACCCCGACCUGGCCCUGCUGCCCCUCCCCAGCCACGCCGAGGACCUUGUGGCUUUCCUCCGGCCAGGCGCCUGCUCCAGCCUUCUGGUGAUCCUGAACCUGAGGCUGCAGCCCUGCCAGCUCAGCCUGGAAGAACUCGGCUUCCCAGGCCGGGCCAAGGUGGUGCUCAGCACCCACCCCACACCCCAGAAGGGAGCCAGCGUGGAGACGGUAAGGCUGGUGCCACAGCAGGCCGUCCUGCUCCAAGUGCCCCGAGGAUACCGGGCGUGAUUGCUGCCACGGAAUUCAGCUCCACGGGAGGCACCCAGCCGGUGGCCCACAGAAUAAGAAAGGAACUCUUGCUGCCCCCCCCCCACACAUUGUGGGGUUUGGGCCAAUGUAUGUGAUGCUCCUGCCCAAUUGGCUGCUGUACUUACUCUUCUGCAAAUUAGUAAAAUCAGCUUGACACAACUGAUUUCAAGGGAUCUGUGCAGAAUUGGGUGAAGGGAGGACGGAUAUGCCCCCCACAUGUGUGCAUGUGUAAAGUGUGUGUUCUGUAACGACAUGGGAAUCAACUGCCCACAAGAACCGGGGGUCCCUGCUGGCACAAAAAGGCCACCGCGCUUACUACUCUGGGGUGCCAACUCCCUGGGCUGGCCAUGGCUUCCCUCCCACAAUACAAACAGGAGGAGGCAGGUGCCUCUGGCAGGGUGCCCCUUGGACUGAGUUGGCAUCUCCCUGCAUUUGACUGGCAACUCAGGACUUGCAGUGGCUGAGGACAAGCAGGAGAAAAGCGUCCUCUGAGCAUACAUAGGCCGGAAUCACUCAGGCCAGUCCACACGCAAUUUAAGAUGGCCCUCUCCUGCAGCCCCAGGAAAUGGCGCUGCAUAUGCACACAUGCGCAGGCAGAAAACAGAAGGUGAGGGAGAGCGGGGCAGGGGCUGAACUGUGCUGCAAGACCCCGCCUUGGAUGGGACCAGGCCUCUUGCUAGGCAGCUGCGGAGCCAGGAGAGGCAUGAGCGCGGGAGGGUGAGAGGACCACCUGGCUCCCCAGCCUCUCCCCCAGGACCAAGGAGCUGCCGCCUGACAGAGCCCCCAAAGCGGGGGGGAGGGGGCUUCAAGAGUGCUCCCAGCAGCUGGUACUGCUCCCCAUGCCAUAGCAUCCACCCCCUCGGGGGUCCUCCUGGCAACUUCUGAGAGCCCAUUCCCACUUUGAUUCCCAAAGUGAGAUGCGUCUUUCAGGCGGACCCAAAGCUCGCCUCGCUCAGCCCCACCGGGCCG